AUGAAUAAACAAAGCACCAACCAAGAAAGGAAACCAGUGAAGAAAGAAAGAAAGAGAAUGGCCACCACCCUCUUGUCCUCCUGCUGCUGCUCCAUAAGAUAUCCCCAGAGACAAAUGCAUGCAAAAUCCCACAAAAGAGAACUCACAAGUGAUAAUUAUGAUAAUGAGAAGCACCACCAGCAGCAGCAGCAGCAGCAGCAGCUUAAUAAUUACUAUGGAAGUAGGAGGUGGGCACUGAGUUCUGGUCUCUGUUUGGCUUCUGGUCUAGUGUUUAGUUCUCCUGAAGAUGUCUUAGCAGUAGUGAAACAAGGUCCUUUGGCUGGCAGGAUUCCUGGCUUAUCUGAACCUGAUGAACAAGGUUGGAGGACAUACAGAAGACCAGAUGAUAAAUCUGGAGGACAUGGUGUUGGAUGGAGUCCUAUAAUUCCAUACUUGUUUAAAGUUCCACAAGGUUGGGAAGAGGUGCCUGUAUCAAUUGCAGAUCUUGGUGGAACUGAGAUUGAUUUGAGAUUUGCUAACUCACAAGAAGGCCGUUUGUUUGUUAUUGUAGCUCCUGUUCUCAGGUUUGCAGAUCUUGGAGGAGAUGCGACAAUCGAACAAAUCGGACCUCCUGAGAAGGUGAUCAACGCAUUCGGACCGGAAGUUAUCGGUGAAAAUGUAGAAGGCAAGGUUUUGAGCAUGGAAGUAGCUGAGCAUUCAGAAAGAACUUAUUACCAAUUUGAAUUAGAGCCCCCUCAUGUUCUUAUUACAGCUACUGCUGCUGGGAAUAGAUUAUAUCUGUUCAAUGUCACUGCAAAUGGUCUUCAAUGGAAAAGGCAUUAUAAGGAUUUGAAAAAGAUAGCCGGCUCUUUUCGUGUUGUUUAAACAUGCCGAAGACCUUGAGAUUUUAGUACAUUUGUAUCUUGUGACCACUUGAAGCAAAAGGAAAAAAGAUUGAGGAUAGAAAUUCUUUGAUGGUAUAAUUAUUGUAACAUGCUUGUCCUUGCUUCAAUAUUUAUACUGCUGAAUGUUCAGUGGUAUUCAUUAUCAUCAAAAACAAAUAAAAACUAUGUCUGAUAAACAAUUUCAGAAUGGCAUUAUAAGAUGGAGAAUCUGGUUUUACAAACUCCGCUUGUAGGCAAAAUCUGUUCACAUUAUAUAGGGGCUACAGAAUGAUAGAACUUGUACAAAAUUUUCGACAGGAAAAUUGUGAUGCUGCUCAGUCACAACGUUUACAGGCUCGAGCAAAAGAUUUAUUCAGGCAAGUCCGGCAUGGCUCUUGAUGAGAAGUUCUCGAUUAUCCACGGCAUUUAUCAAGUAUGGUGUCAUAACUGUAUAUCAUAUGGCCACAAAUGGGAGUUCCGGCAGCACAUCUCUCGAAUCUUCAGUUUCGUAGUUUUAUUUCAGACUCCAAGCUAGACUCUGGCCUGUCGAACAAUUGAUUGUCCAUUGUAGAAUAGAAAAUUUGGAAUCGUAGUAGCACCUG